GUUUAAUUGUCAGUCAAGCAACAUUAUUUGUUAUUCCCAUUUAUUGAUUUCGUUUUUAUUUAUGUUGUAUUUUUUGUAAAUCGAUUGCAAGUUGUAGCAUGUCUUUUGGACGCAUCACAAAAUUGAAUGUUCACAUUGCAAACCAGACGCACAUCACUUAUGCCAAUGACGCGACUCGCUUGCUCACCAACAAUCCCUCGGGCUUUGCUUUUCGCAGUACGGGAGCAGCCAGCUGCAGUUGUGUGGAUGACUCCUUGGAUCAGGCAACGCGUUUCCUGCAGCGACACUUUGGCAAACAUGGCUGCAUUGAGAAGUCUUCAUCACUGUGCGCAUUAUUAUACGCAUUGGGCAUAAACUAUAGCCAGGAUGAGGAGCAGGAGCAGCAGGUGGAGCAAAAAGUAGAGGAGCAGCAGGUGGAGCAAGAAGUAGAGCAGCAAGUAGAGCAGCAAGUGAAGGAGCACGUGGAGACCCAAGUAGAGCAUCAAGCAGAGCAACAAGCAGAUCAGCAAGCAGCGCAUCAAGCAGAUCAGCAAGCAGGGCAAGUAGAUCAGUCAUUAGAGCAGCAGUUGGAAACAGAGCAGCAACAUGGCGAAGAGGCUAACGAAGAGCAACCGCUGCUGAUGGAGUUAGAGGCGCUCAAGUCUCCGCAAGUGCAGCACACUUUGCAGCUCGAACUGUUGCCCACGGUGCUGCCACAGUGGGCCAUUACAAUCGAGUGGCAUCGGGAGCAGUUGCAGAUCUUUAAUUGUGCCUGGCAUCUGCAGAACUGCAACUGGCGCCAUGUUUCCAGCAGCGAGUUUCAGUUGCCCAAUUGCCACUGCCAUAAGAUCAAGCAGAUGACGGAGUACAUCAAUGGACUGCUGAAAGUAUCAUUGCCAGCGCUGAAUGAGCAGAAGGAGGAGGAGCAGAAGUCGAAGGCGGAACAGCAACAAUCUGAAGAAUGUCCCCUGCCCGAUGUUAAUGCCAAUAUAAUGAGCCUCAAUUCGCUGCUGCAACAGCUCAACGAACUUCUCGAGCAGCAGAACGAGGAACAAGCGGUUUAGGUUUAGGAUGCUUUUGUGAAUUUGUGAUCUAUCGAUAGUUUAUUAAAACACAUUUCGUUUCAUAGAA